AAAACUGCACUCAUUUACAAGUUCAGUUGGUUUUGCUUUUACAUAGAUUUCCCUAUGUGAUUAUGCCAGUAUUUUGUUGCAUAACAACAUUAUUAAGCUGUUUUAUACAACUCACUCAGUACACAUGUUGUGAUGUCACUUUUAAUAAAUGUUUCCCUGUGUAUGUAAAAUUGGCAUGAUUAUCGUAUCAACUCUGACAAUUUUAAUAUAAAUUAUACUUUAACCAAAGGACAAAAUUACAGUUAAUUAGUCAUACAUGAUAGGAUUACUAAGGAAGUCCCCUGAGACUCAUGAUGGGCAACCCAAUUGUCUCACCCUAACCCCAGACUCAAGAUAGCUACAUAAAAAAAGUAAAUAUAAUUAUAUUGUAGAAUAUAGUUGCUCAGUAUGAAACAUAAUUUGCAUUAUGAUAGUAGCUGUUUUCUUUAUGUCAAACUCAAUAUAUCUGGCCAAUGUAAAUUGCAUUCUAAUAGGGUUGAGAUAGCCAAAUAUUAGGUAGCUUUCAUUUUGAUUCAGUCCUGUUAUGACAUCAUAAUAAACAAAUAAAAACUCCUAUUGCAAAAGUCAAAUUACCUCUAUGACUGUGCCAAUCAAAACUUGAUGCAGCUUUCAUAGGAUCUCAUGAUAUUGUGUAAAUGUUCAUAAUGCAGUGACUACAUCCACAGUAUAUACGUAACUUUGUAGUUUUUUUUUUACAUGUUUUUUCCAUGCAACAACUACUUUUUGCUUUACUUGCAAUUGAAUGUACGGUAUGUUAAAUGUCCAAUCCUAUUAGAAUUGAGAGCGGGUGUUGUGACGCCAUUUUGAGUGAUGCCCCAAAGAGCCAAUCAGCAUUCGUGCUGCUUACACCGUUCCUGCGUAGUUUUCGGGAAAGGGGACGUGACUUGUCAGGAAGUCUUAGCAGAGCCGAGUGUCUGUCUCUUCGAAACUUCAAAAAUAUCCCCUCAAGAAACCCAAUACUGGGCAGCAUUAUUAGGCGUAUUUUCCCUUUCCAUUUGCAGGUGAGCGAUUUGAAAAAACCGUUGUAAGAGAGCAGCUUCAACUUAGACGGGGCGUCAAAUGUACUAAACGAAACGGAAGUAACCUGCCAGCUGUCUGUCAGCUUGCUAGUGUCUGUAUGCCAUCUCUGUGGUGAUGGAGUGGAGCAGGCUUCUCUGUGGGAAAAUGAGGAGAUCCAACAGAAGGGCUCAACUCAGCCCUUCUCCUUCGUCCUCUUGGGGCUUGGAGAUCCACUUCUACUUACAAGAUGUGCAUCAGCUGGAGUUCUUCAAAGGUUGCUACACUGCAGAGGAGCUUUGUGUGGAGGCUGCCAAGAAAUGCUCAAUUUCUCCUUUGUGCCAUAACCUAUUUGCCCUCUACAAUGAGACGACCGGCACGUGGUUCCCCCCUAACUACGAGUUCAAGAUCACAGAUGAGACCAGCAUUAAGUUACACUAUCGUAUGAGGUUUUAUUUCCGGAACUGGCAUGGCACCACUGAAGGUGAGUCUCCAGUUUGGAGACACUGCAUCAGUAAACUAAAAGGGGGCUUUAAGCAGCAAAAAACACCUGAAGGGACGCCACUUCUGGAUGCUGCAUCUCUUAACUACCUGUUUUACCAGGGACAGCAUGAUUUUCAGACAGGUAUGGUACCCUUGCGAGCAUGCCAGUCUGAGGCAGAACAGCAUGAGACAGAAAACGAGUGUUUGGGAAUGGCUGUGCUAGCCAUCACCCACCAUGCAAUGAGCAUGGAUAUGCCCCUGCCCAUGGCUUCACAAGAAACCAACUACAAAAGUUUCAUCCCAGAAGCGCUGAACUGUAAUAUAAAGCAGCGCAACAUAUUGACCCGCAUCCGCAUCAAUAAUGUCUUCAAGAAAUUCCUCAAUGAAUUCAACAACCGAACAGUCAAGGGCAGCAACAUCACACUGUACGAUCUAAAGAUUAAGUAUCUGGCAACUUUGGAGGGGCUGACCAGUGGCCUGGGUAGUGAGCUAGUGGAGCCCAUUUCCCUCCAUGUCACAAGGGAAGUGGAUGUCGUCAAUGGAAGUAACUUUGCGUACUACAACCAGAUGCAAGGACAGACCCCAAGUCAGAGCAUGGCUACAUGGUGUGACAUACAAGUCCGAGUGACUGGCACAACAGGCAUUUCCUGGAGGAAGAAGUCAUUCACAAUGCCAGUGAUUUCCAAAGACAAGCGCAAGUCAAGGGAUGGAAAACCGUUCAAAAAAGAGGCUGAUGAAGGCUGGGAGAGGUUCUGUGACUUUCAUGAGAUCAUGCACACUGCCAUCAAAGAGGCAAUAGUCACAAUUCACAGACAGGAUCACAAGAAAAUGGAGUUGCAGAUGAAUUCUCGGACUGAGGCUCUUUCCUUUGCCGCCCUUGUGGAUGGAUACUUCAGGCUGACAGUGGAUGCUCACCACUACCUGUGCAAGGAAGUGGCUCCUUCUUCAGUGGUGCACAACAUCAACUAUGGCUGCCACGGUCCUAUCUGUACGGAGUAUGCCAUGCAAAAACUGCGUCAGGAGGGUAAUGAGGAAGGCAUGUACAUUCUACGCUGGAGCUGCACUGAAUACCAAUACAUCAUCAUCACUGUGGUAUGCAAUGAGAUUGACCUUAGGGAAUCCCGUCCUGUGCGACAGUAUAAAAACUUCCAGAUUGAAGUGACUCCAGAUGAGUUUCGACUGUACGGCACAGAAAUUGUCAGACCCACUCUCAGGGAGCUCUUGGAGUACCUGAAGGGCCAGAGCCUUCGCUCUGAUAAUCUCCAGUUCCAUCUGCUCCGCUGCUGCCCGCCUCAACCUCGAGAGAUUUCUAACUUGCUGGUGGUCACUAAGGAUAGAGCACCUGUCCCUCAGACAACCUUGCAGGACAGUCAGGUCAUUAUCCAUCGCAUUCACAAGGAGGAAAUCGAACAGGAAGAGCACCUCGGACUCGGCACAAGAACUAACAUCUUCUCUGGCACGCUGAGGGUAAAAAGCAAUGAGGAUGCAGGUUAUGGAUCCUUCCAAGAGUUUAAAGUGGUGCUCAAAGUACUUGGCUCAGGACACAGAGACAUUUCCCUGGCCUUUUUUGAAACCGCAAGUAUGAUGCGGCAAGUCUCCCAUAAGCACAUAGUGCUCCUGUAUGGAGUGUGUGUCCGCCAUCUGGAGAAUAUCAUUGUGGAAGAGUAUGUCGAACAAGGCCCACUGGAUCUGUUCAUGAGGAGACAGAAAUGCCCACUCAGCACAGCUUGGAAGUUCCAGGUGGCCAAGCAGCUGGCUUCAGCUCUUAGCUACUUGGAGGACAAAAAGUUGAUCCAUGGUUUUGUGUGUGCUAAGAACAUCCUGCUGGCGAGGGAUGGGCUGGAUGCUGAUCAAGGAGGACCCUUCAUCAAGCUCAGUGACCCAGGAAUACCAAUCACAGUGCUCACUAGAGAGGAGUGUGUGCAUCGCAUCCCCUGGAUUGCUCCGGAGUGUGUGAAGAGUGUGUCUUCCCUGAGUAUUGCAGCUGACAAGUGGGGCUUUGGGACCACUCUGUGGGAGAUCUGCUAUGAUGGAGAGGUCCCUCUCAUGGAAAAGAAGCUCACAGAGAAGGAGAGGUUUUAUGAAACGGAGUGCCAGCUGGCUACCCCUGACUACCGAGAGUUGGCCGAACUGAUGAUCCACUGCAUGAACUAUGACCCGAAGAAGAGACCUUUUUUCAGGGCUAUUGUCAGAGACAUUGACAAAUUGGAAGAAAAAAACCCAGCUAUCAGACCACAGCCGACACCUGAAGUGGACCCAACUGUGUUUGAAAAGCGAUUCCUGCGAAAUAUCACAGAUCUGGGACAGGGCCACUUUGGGAAGGUGGAGCUGUGUCGCUAUGAUCCCCGGGGAGAUCGCACAGGUGAAUUAGUGGCGGUCAAGUCACUAAAGCCAGAGAAUGGACUGGAGAAGGGCAACAACCUCUCCAGUGAAAUUGAUAUACUGAAGGCACUCUACCAUGAAAACAUUGUCAAGUACAAGGGCAUUUGCCUGGAAGAAGGUGGUCAGGCUACUAAGCUGAUCAUGGAGUACCUUCCUCUGGGCAGUUUGAAGGAUUACCUGCCUGCCAACAAAAGCAAGACCAGUCUCAGCACCCUGCUCAGCUAUUCCACCCAAAUAUGCCGGGGAAUGGAUUACCUGGGAUCUCGAAAUUACAUCCAUCGAGACCUGGCUGCCCGAAACGUGCUGGUGGAGAACGAGAGCACGGUGAAGAUCGGAGACUUCGGCCUGACCAAAAGCAUCAAGGACAAUGAAGUCUAUUACACUGUCAAGGAUGACCACGUCAGCCCUGUUUUCUGGUACGCGCCGGAGUGCCUGACUCUCUGCAAGUUCUACCUUGCCUCGGAUGUCUGGUCUUUUGGGGUGACCAUGCACGAGCUCAUCAACUACUGUGACCCCAUCAAUACCCCGAUGCAGCUCUUCUCCAGCAUCAUUGGUGAAUCCCAGGGUCAGAUGACCAUCAUUCGAUUGGUCAACGUGUUGGCAGAGGGGAAGAGGUUACCACGCCCUGAAGGCUGUCCUGAACCUGUGUAUGACCUGAUGCGCAAGUGCUGGGAGCAAGCCCCCGAGAAGAGAAUCACCUUCAAGCAGCUCAUUGUUGAGCUGACCACCAUGCAGGAGCAGCUCAGCCCUCAAAAUGACUUUUAAACUGUGAAGUGGAGCGCACGGAUCAGCAUCUUCAUCAUACUGGGACACAUAGCCAUGCUACUAACCAAUACUGGCUUCAAGCUGCCAUAUAACUUUUACGAUUAAGGAUGCUUUGGUAUGCGGCAUGCUCUUUGCCCACAGGAUAAUCAAUGCUGCCUAAUAAUCCACAUCACUUACUUCACAAAAGGACCUUAUGCGGUCUCACUUGGUGGCUCAAGCCAUCUUACCAGUGGGGGACUUAAAAAAAUAUACAUAUAUUUUUUUUAGUGUCAGUCUUUUCUCUUGAGCCAUGAAAUGAUGAUGUGUGAGAACUUUUUCAUGGAGUUUGGGGCACCCUUCAUUUGCGUAUGACCACAAAAUGAGCACUUUUCCUUUUAGGAUAUCAGUUCAGUCCUCUAAUGUCCAGAAUGCUCAUUUAUCAUGUUUGCUAUUGAGUGGCAGGCAACGCUCUACUAGUUUUACAUUUUAGGUCAGGUGACAAGAUGGCAAAAUACAUCUAUUUUUUUUUUACAACAAACGUCCAUUGAUGUUGCAUUACUGAAACAAGACUGAUGAGCUACACCUUUCUAUUCAUUUACGUGGCAUUUGAAGCUCUCAGUUUACAUGUAUUUUAUGCAGUUAUUUUUACAUUAAUACUUGUAUUGUUAUCAUUUUAUUAUGCUGUAUGCCAGAGAUGCUCUGAGCAGGGGUUUCCCCCCAUCCCUAAUCAGUUCUAAUGUGACAAAAAGGCAAAUAGGACAAACGUCAGUCCACAUUUUAAUUAGGAAUGUAAAAGACAAUUCCUUCUACUAAAAAAAAAAAAAAAAAACACAAACAAAAAAAAGACAACAGUUAGACUCAUGUAAGAUAAUAUCCAUAGUUAUACAAUGGAAAAAUAAAUAAAAUCCAAAUCAG